UCCCAGACAGUUUAAGGAAAUGAAGUGUGACCUUGUUUGUAACGGCAUUGCGAGGGUGUCUAUGCUGCUAGCGUUGUGGAGUGAGUUCCACCUUACUGCAGAUCGUCAUGUGGACGUGUUUAUUAAGCUUUUUCUUGCUCUUGACCUUGCUUAUCUCACUGGCUCAUCAGAUGUUGUAGUUCAGGAACUGUCAGACACUCUUGGUAGACACGAGAUUACAUCAACUGUGUCAAUGUCUACAGACACCAUCAGCACGACAUCAGAAUCAUCUAAGCAAGCAAAUCAGAUGGACAGCUGCAAAGAACUGAUUUGCAAGCUAAAACAAGAUAAUGUUGGCUUGUUGUUGCCAUGGUUACUGAAUGACGAGGAACCGAAUGAUGUGAGUCAACUUUGGUGUGCAGAUGUAGCAGAUGGAGUGAUGCAAGUUGUGGUCGAAUAUUCAUUUGCAUAUAAUUGUCCUUUGGGUCUAUUUGAACGACUGUCUGCUCGUUGUCAUCGUCAUCAUCCUAAUUAUAUUCGUCACUGGAGCAGUGGACUGCUGAUGUGUUAUGGUGCGGUGAGUUUGCUGUUUAUUUGCAGCAAGAAUACUUCACCUGGCUUUCUACGUCUCAAUGCUAGAGUAGUCAAGUCACAUCACAGUGUUGGCAGAUUGUGGCAUGUUCUUCUGCGUUGUGUGUCAGAUGUGGAGGAUCUUCUCCAGUCUGUUCCUGGUGUUCUUUUUGAUCGAUGCAUCUGCAGUGAGAGUUCGACGACCACAAGUUCUCUUCCCAGUCAACCUAAGCAUAUUGUGCCUAAUGAAAGAUGGGGACCAUUUGCAGUAGAAACUGUAAUGGGAAAGUACAGUCCAGAGAUGAAAAAGCAUGUGACAGCUAUAGUACAAGUGUGUCCAAGUGUAAAGGAAGGUAUUCUUCUCUGUGAUGUUGUUUCACCAGAAUGUGGAACUCUAUUGGACCAAAUGGAUGUCGAAGAGAUAGCAGCAGAUAUAGGAAAGUGGUGGCCUAAACUAACAAGUAUUAUUGGUACUGACCAGUCCACAGUGUUGGAGAUGCGUGUAAGUGAUUCUGACCCCAGGUUUUCCCAAGCGGCAGCAUCUCGUAUAUUAAGUGAGUGGCAAAAAUCAAGAAACAAUCAAUUAGAAGUAUGUGAAUUGUAUGAUGCUCUACUUGUUGCUGACGUUCCAUCUUUACCACAACGGCAUUUGAGUGAUGUCAUGUCACCUGAUGCAGCAUCUGGAUUAGCAAAAUCUAAAGAGACAGCUGCACGUGGUGAGACAAGUCGAGCUGACUCUGAGAUGGUCACUCCACUCAUCAUAGAGAAAGUAGCCGAAAAUGGUUCAGAGCGUUGGCAUGAAAUUGGUUUAAACCUUGGAGUUUCACAUUCAGUGCUGACUGAAUGUGACCAACCUCUGUACACAUUGAAACAAAAAUUACGUAAAGUUUUGUCAGCUUGGAGAGAUGAGAACAGACAAGCUACAGUUGGUCAGUUGUUGUCUGCUUGUGAUAAAGCUAAAGUGGGAGGAGCAGUGAGAAGAGGAUUGGACAGUGAUAUACAACACUAAAUAUUUUAUUUUAUUUUAUUUAUUCUAUAGGUAGUUUUUUAAUGAACGUGAUAUCAUAUAAUAAACUUGAAG